GGACCAGAGAGCUUCGAGCUGUUGUCCUUAGCUUUGGGAUUUGUUUACUUUACACAUGGUGGUUCAGCUGGAGACUCGAUUCCGCUACAGCAGCAAGAGGAUGGACACAAAUCAGCCCAAACUGGAAGCCAAUAUUUUACUCCUCGGAGCUGAAAACGUGGGGAAAUCUGCUCUAACAGUGCGUUUCCUGACCAGAAGAUUUAUUGGAGAAUAUGGCUCUAUAGAAUCCAUAUACAGUCAUCAUGACAAGAUUGACGGCCGAGACAUCUGCUUCAACAUCUGGGACUCGCUUUAUCCACAGAAUGCUGAAGAAGAGGGUCACAUAAGUGACCGGCAGCUGCAGUGGUCCGACGGCUUCAUCCUGGUGUACAGCAUCUGUGACCGAGCGAGCUUUAACGUGGUGCGCCAGCAGGUCCAAAGCAUUCGCCAAGCACAGCAGAAGCUCUCCAGCUCCACCCCGCUCGUUAUCGUGGGGAAUAAACGGGACCUGCAGCACCACCGUGCCGUAUCCAGCGAGGAAGGCCGUCUCCUGGCUCUCUCGGCUGACUGCGGCUUCUUCGAAAUCUCUGCGGCUGAAGCGUACCACGGCGUCCUCAUGGUGUUUCACGAACUGUUGGACCUGAUCCGUGAGGCCAGGGCUCUCAAAAAGGGCACGGCCGGCUUCAGGGGCAUCGUCAGGAGUAUGUCAGCGGUUUUUGGAAGGAAGAGGACCGAGUAGAACAGACUGAACCUGUUUUCUAAGAAAGAAUACUGCGUCCACAUUGGACUACGAUGAACGAUUAUGGUAUUUGGAUUUGAAUGCUCUGUGAAUGUUCGAAUUCAGAGACUCUUAUCUCCGGUUCAUAAGGAUGAUAACUCUGCCUUACACCACAGCACUGUUGAAUUCUCCAAUCUGAUUGGUGUGUGUGUUUUUUCUAGAACUUGUUUCGUAGACGUUCAACGUUUAUGUAUAAAGAAACGGAUAACAAAAGCAAGACGUGGUGCCUGUUAAUAAAUGAAAAGUUGUAAUCGUUGGCAAUCUCCUGUGACGUAAGAGAAAUAAUAAACCACUAUGG